AUUGCCUGUUUUGAGGGGAGAGGGGACUCCUUUCAACAACAUUAUUCUUUACCCAGUCCCGUGUUGGGACAUUAUCAACUACAUAUCUGACCAUAUUAGACCAGUAGCUGUGUUUUCUUUUCUACUCAGGCUCUCGGAAGGAGUUAGAAACUGUUGGUGCCACAGUGAACUCGGCUCCAGCUGCUCGGUAAAGUAGAGCUUGUCAGCUAGCUUAUAUUAGCCAGGCGCUACCAGUAGAUUUACGGCUUAUAUCCGUGGCUGCCCUGCCAGGUAGAUCAACUGAAGCUCGGGACGCCGGUCAGCCACAAUGGUUUGGCCUGUUCACCAGUUUCUGAGUAUUGACAUUGGUAAAUAAUUCAUCUAGUUUGGGAAUAAAUCAGCGCAAGCUUUGUUCAGCUUGUGCGCAGCCUGGCUGGUUUGGCCUAUUGCAUUGUCUCCGACCAUCGAAAAUACAAGUUGUUCUUCAGUGUCGGUAGGUUGUUUGCCCAGUUAGGCUAACUUAGCCGUGCUCGUGUAAACAAAACCCGUCAGCUGUCGACUCUAGAUAAUCUUGAAAGCUAUCUAGUCCAACAUGGCGCAACACGACCCCUCUCAUGUAGCCAGUUCACAGAAAGCACUCAUGUUGGAAAUGAAGAGUCUUCAGGAGGAACCUGUCGAGGGGUUCAAAAUAACACUGGUGGACGAGGCUGAUUUGUACAACUGGGAAGUGGCCAUUUUCGGACCCCCAAACACUCAUUAUGAAGGGGGGUAUUUUAAGGCUCGGAUCAAGUUCCCUAUAGACUACCCGUACUCCCCUCCUGCCUUCCGGUUCCUCACCAAGAUGUGGCACCCCAACAUCUACGAGAAUGGAGAUGUGUGUAUUUCUAUAUUGCACCCUCCAGUGGACGACCCACAGAGCGGAGAGCUGCCUUCAGAGAGAUGGAAUCCCACCCAGAAUGUCCGAACUAUUUUACUGAGUGUGAUCUCGCUGUUGAAUGAACCCAACACCUUUUCUCCUGCGAAUGUGGACGCUUCCGUCAUGUAUCGUAAAUGGAGGGACAGCAAGGGCAAGGAUCGGGAAUAUGUAGAAAUCAUCAGGAAACAGGUUUUGGCCACUAAGGCAGAAGCUGAGCGUGACGGCGUGAAAGUCCCCACCACGCUGGCCGAGUACUGUGUCCGGACACGCAUCCCGCCUCCCGAUGAAGGCUCCGACCUCUUCUAUGACUAUUACUAUGACGACGAUGACGUGGAGGGCGGGGAUGGCGACUGCUGCUACGAUGAGGAUGACUCAGGCAAUGAGGAGUCAUGACAUGCUUUUUGACAGCAACGCAAUCUAGCUGACAUAUGCUACCCCCUUUUUUUCUGCCCGGGUUGCCAGAUAUUCGAGGUCUACAACCAAGAAAGAUUUGAAGCUUCCCACUUUUAAACCAAUGAAAAGAGCUGUUUUUUCCUAAAUCUCUGAAAUAUUCUCGGAGGUUUAAAUCGAUGCAUCGUUGUGGAAGGGUCAGACCUGGUAAGAUUUGCACCAGCACAAAAGUCACCAGUUUGUCCAAUUUUGCAAACAGUUUUCAUCACCACUUAAAACCUUAUUGAGAGAAUAACUUAAACUAUUACGUAAUCCUAUUGAGUUGGUCAGUCCCCUGUAUAGUAUAAGGUGUUGUCGGAUUAAUACCACUGUCAACAAUAGCAACAUUUGCACUGGUGCAAACACUUCCAAACUUUUCUCAGCCUCUCUCUUUCAUAUCUUUAUUUCCCUAAUUGUAACUGGGUGUUGCUCACCAGUAGUUGAUCUAAGUGACUGAUGAAUGAAGAGGACUUCAAGCAGCCUGUUUUGUGUUGAGCAGUGUACUGCAAACACACCGAACCUGACAUUUCCGAGUACCACAGUCUGUCUCGCUUCAAUAGGACCGGACAUGAAUUGACACGGGACGGUGUUUUCAGAGUUCCUGUGCAUGCCACAACAUCUUUGGAAGCUUUGUGUCUCUUUUACUGGUGGACAGUGUAUCUACAUCAUGAUCUGUUUUCAGCUCAGUGAUAACAAGCACUUGUGACGAUGAGGGACUCUCUGCCUGGAGGACCGUCUGGUGAGCUGAGUCAGUGGGUCAAAUUCCUCAUGUGAACAUUUUUGCUAACAUGAAAUUGAUCUUUGCUGUGUUUUUUCUGGUUACUGUUGGAUGUGUUUCUCUGUCAUUUUGAGUGUGGGGUUAUGUUAUUUGAAGUAGCUCAGAUGUAAGAGUCAUGUAGGAUGACCAAGUUUUUCAAGCGGGGUGUGGGGCUGGGGGGUGGAGGGCAGAACUAAUUACUGAUCAGAAUUGUAUUUCUCCACAGGUUUGCUCUCUGAGUAGCCUGAAGGAGCCAAAGACCUAAACCAGUGUAAAAGUGAGCCCAAAAUAUUUUAUGACUGUUGUAUCUUUGUGUUUGUUUGCUCUCUUGCAAGCUUUGUAAUUUUAGUCUCUUUCUUUGGGUAGACAUUAUGCCUGCAGUCUCUGCUUGAGAAUGAUUUUUGUGAUGAGAUUAUUAGGUUUAAUUGGCAAAAAAGCUUCUGUAGGAAAGGUGUCUGUCAAAAGGUGUUGUUGCAGUAUCAGUCAGGAUUAUCAAAGUUUUUCAGCUCUGGAAGUGAAGAAGAAGAAGGCCACCAUGUUUUAUUUUCAUUUCAAUUCUUUGUGUUAGUUGAGAGUGGACAGGUUUUGAUAUAAUUUUAGAGUGUAUGGGUGUCCUCUGUGUCUAUUUUUGCAUCAGCAAUAUUGAUUGUUUCAUUGACUUAAAUUGGGACUUCAUACUGAAUCUCUCAGGAUAAUAAAUUACAUAUGACAAAACAAUUCAAACAAGCAAAUAUUGUCCUCUUUAGGUGGUCUUCAGCGUUGGUUUACAGCUUCAACAGGAACCAUAACUGAUAUGCACAUGUAGCUGUAUGGAUGAUCACCAUGUUGUUUUAUUCAUCGUGUUCAUUUUUUAUUUUCGGCUAUUUAAAACUGAAAAAUAAAAAUUUAU